AGCGCCACGCGCCGCGGUCGCCGGCUGCUGACGUGGCCGGCCGGCGGGGGUCCCGCGCGGGGGUCGCCAUGGCCGCGGACAUCACGCUGCUGUUCCGGGCCAGCGUCAAGACGGUGAAGACGCGCAACAAGGCGCUAGGAGUGGCGGUGGGCGGCGCGGCGGACGGCGGCCGGGACGAGCUGUUCCGCCGCAGCCCCCGGCCCAGGGGCGACUUCGCCGGCCGCGCGCGCGAAGUGAUCUCGCACAUUGGCAAGCUUCGGGACUUUCUCCUGGAGCACCGGAAGGAUUACAUCAAUGCCUACAGCCACGUCCUGUCCGAGCACGGGAAGAUGACGGACACGGAGCGAGACCAGAUAGACCAGGACGCGCAGACCUUCAUGCAGACCUGCUCAGAGGCCAUCCAGCAGCUGAGGACACAAGCCCACAAGGAGACGCACUCGCAGCAGGUGAGGGAACACCGCAGCGCCGUGCUGGACUUCGUGGAAGAUUACCUCAAGAGAGUGUGCAAGCUCUACUCGGAGCAGAGGGCCAUCCGGGUGAAGCGCGUGGUGGACAAGAAGAGGCUGUCCAGGCUGGAACCGGAGCCAAAUGCAAAGACACGGGAGAGCGCGUCCUCUGAGUCAGUGUCCCUGAGCCCCUCCAAGGACCCUGACGAGAAGGCUGUGGUGGGGGAAGGCCCAGCGAGCCCGGAAAAGCUUCCAGCUGAAGCUCAGCCUGAGUUGGGGACGUGGGCCGAUGGCAGGGCUGAAGACGAACUGUCCCCAGAAGAAAUCCAGAUGUUCGAGCAGGAGAACCAGCGCCUUGUGGGAGAGAUGAACAGCCUCUUUGACGAAGUGAGGCAAAUCGAAGGGAAGGUGGUGGAGAUCUCCAGGCUGCAGGAGAUGUUCACUGAGAAGGUUCUGCAGCAGGAAGCCGAGAUUGACAGCAUCCACCAGCUGGUGGUCGGGGCCACAGAGAACAUCAAAGAGGGCAACGAGGACAUCCGUGAGGCCAUCAAGAACAAUGCUGGCUUCCGUGUGUGGGUCCUCUUCUUCCUCGUCAUGUGCUCCUUCUCGCUGCUCUUCCUCGACUGGUACGACAGCUAGAGCCACAGGACGGUGCCCGGGGACAGUGCAGUGGCACCUCCAGGUGCUGGCCCGCCUGCGUGUGGCCGAGGGACCCUUGGGGCUGGAGGCAGCUCCCAGCCCUGCCUGCAGGCGCAGCAGGCGUCCAGGGGACAGUUGUGGGCGCCAUCCUCCCCCCUCCAGUGGGGACAUGCAGGGCUGGGCGAGGAGCCCCUGACCGGCCUCUCCUGGAACCACUGCCCUGACUCUGCCUCAGUCCCCGCCCAGGCUUGGAGCAGCCCCUGGAAGGGGCCUGGGAGGCCGCGAGCUACGGACACUCGUGAGCAGGCA